UUUUAUUGGUAGUUCCACGAGGGCCACCAGAUGGCAGGUCGAGCUGAGUGAAGGACUCAAUAGUUCAAGCUCGUGUCUCUCCCUCCCCUCGCCGCCUCACACGAUCAUCAGCACAGACGCACCAAGGCUGUAGUGAUAGUCGCCUUGGAGACGAUCAGUGUUUUGAUUAUCUCCUUGGAGACUAUCAGAACAGUGACAGUCGUGAGCAGCACUCAGCGACAGCCACUCCCAGGCAGAACCGUGCCGCCCUAAAGAAGAGUGUCCGCCCACCACGCCCGUGACCACCUCACGGAACACUGCCACGGCGAGGAGUGUGUGUCAGACCAUCACAGCCCCUCACCACCACCACCACCACCACCAGCGUCAUGGAGGCUGCAGGGAGGGGAGGCAGGAAGGCAGGACAGGGACAGGUGAAGAACAUGAACACUGCCGGCAGCCCUGCGGAGUGUCCAGUGUGCAUGACAGGCUAUGAUGGCACCGAGCAGCGGCCGCGCACCCUGCCCUGUGGCCACACUGUCUGCACGCUGUGCAUAUAUCAGCUGGAGGAGCAGGACCGUGUUGCCUGCCCAGAGUGCCGCGUCAGCCACACCGUGCCCGAGGGAGGUCAGUUCCCUGUCAGCUAUGUUAUUGAGGGCCUCAUAAGGAUGAUGAGAGACGCUGAGGUGGCAGCAGCAGCAGCAGCCUCGCCGCCACCCAGUGCCGGGGAAGGGGAAGGAGCAGCAGCAGGGGCGGGUUGCAAGAAGGAGGCGGCGGGUCUCUCCAAGAAAAUGCGUUCCUUCCUGCAGGAACAGGAGGCCACAGUUGUGGCCGCCAUCACCGCCUGCCGGGAGGCUCAGUCGCAGCUGAACCAGUACCAGACGACCCUGGCAGGCUGGGGCAAGCGGCAGCAGCAGCUGGAGGACAGGCUCCUGGGACUGGUAGACCAGAGCAGGAGUGCCAGGGAGCUCCUGCAGCAGGAAGAGUCCCGUGCGGUGGCCAAGGAGGAGGAGCUGAAGAAGGGGGAGCAGGGGCUGCAGGCCGUGCUGGAGACGUUGCGCACCCUUACAACAGAGCAAGAAGUAGGCGCGGCGGUGAGUGAAGUGUUUCGUUGCACUGGCGAGGCAGAGCAGGCAGUGAAGGAGUGCCAAGAAGGUUUUCCUGAUGCCAGCACCGUCACCACCGCCAGGAAGGUGAACGUGGCAUCUAGUGCAGCCCUGGAGGCUGUCCAGGCAGCUCUGGAAACACUUGCUACAGAGGAACCCAGGCCCCAGGCAGACCCAGACUCCACCGUCAUGGAGAGACUGCACCUCAUCUGGACAGGGAGCUUGACGGCCGAGGACCUCCGCAGCCUGACGCAGCCCGCCAGGCGAAUGCUGGAGGCUGGCCGGGUGUUUGCUGUCCACCAGGCGGAAGGUCAGCGCCGACACGCAAGAAUAAGCCUUGAAGCCGGCCAGCUGUGCCUCCACGCCCUGAAGGACCAUCCCCCGCCACGGGGCGCGGCAACCCUGCAGGUGAGCGAGGUUGUGCCGCCCUCCCCCCCCUGCACGGUGUUCGUGGACCUGUCCUGGCCGGGCAGGGCGCCGCGGCGGGUCCAAAUUCAUCUGAGCCCCGACACCCCGCGGGGCAGACAGUUCAUACUGUUGUGCACGGGGCAGCGCGGUCCUUCCUACGUAAACACCAGGUUGUUCCAUGUCGAAAAGAAGGGGGAGGAGGGAGAGUUUGUGAUGGGCGGGGACUACGAGAGUAACGAUGGUAGUGGAUCAUCCGUCCUGCUGCCUGGCCUUGGUGAGGGUGAGUACCGGAAGUCAGGCCGGGCGGGGGAUGUGUUGGGGCUGGUGUGGACUGGCCGUACCCGGGGUGAGAAUGGUAAGUUUGGCAUCCGCACCAGAGACUGUCAGGAUGGUGGUGGGUGUCCUCGUGUCUUCGGUGAGGUGGUGGACGGACUGCACGUGGUGGCCGAAGCAGCCCGACACAGGGACAUUAAGGAGGUGACUGUGGCGGACUGUGGCGUAUUGUUGAGAGGGUAA